AUGAUCUUUAUCAAGAAGAGAGAAGAGAUCUUCCCUCAUAGUCGCUGGAAAAGAAGUGCGCUCGCUUUUUCCGCGGCCGCAUUCGUCACGUUCUUCGUCAACCUGUCUUUCGUCAUCUGGGCCAUGACGCACUCGAGCGACACUAUGACACCUGACACUGGAGUUGUAGCAAACGGUCACUGCCAGAGCAUCCAGAGCUGGAAUACUUGCGCUCACGUCGCAAUCAACAUCAUCAGUACUGUUUUACUGACAGGAAGCAACUACUGCAUGCAGUGCUUGAUUGCACCGACUCGGACCGAGAUCGAUAGUGCGCAUGCCAAGCAUGAGUGGCUCGAUAUUGGCAUUCCAAGCAUUCGUAACUUCUGGAGCAUUGCUUGGAAGAGAAGGAUGCUCUGGGCCCUUCUGGCGAUGUCUUCAUUCCCACUUCAUUUGCUUUUCAAUUCAGUUGUUUUCACCUCGACUUCUACAAGCCGAUAUAGAGUUUACACCAUCAGCGCGGAUAACUUCGGCGGAGUCGAAAUGAAACAUGCUCCGGAUGUCUUACCGAUCGAGCUCCUUCCAGAUACAAACAUCAUUACCCGCAAUCGAUUCAAUUUUCUCAACACCAGCAAAUGUAUCGAUGAGUACGGAACCACGUUUCAGUCUUUGCGAGGCGAUGUGAUCCUCGUUGUUGAUAACAAAACGGUAUCCACUGGCGAAUUAGCCAAGCUAAACCCCACUUACGACUAUCGAUCGUUGGCUCAUCCCUUUGAUUGGAUCUGUGGGGAACAACAACACGGCUCAACUACAUCUUCUUGCGACAAGCAACUCUCAAGUAUCAAGAGCAGUGCCAAGUGGAUAGUGGGGCAACAUUACUUGGAGGUAAGGGGCUGCUACAGUCAGGAAAGAGCAGAGCAUUGCAAGCUACUUUUCAGCAGUCGGCUAUGCUGGACCGUAAUUGCACUCAACCUAGUCAAAGGCAUAUUGAUGCUUUAUGUUGCAUAUGGAAAUACCGAAAGGCCCAUCUUGAAUGUAGGUGACGCUAUCGAGUCUUUUUUGACGGUUGAAGAUGAGUCUACGAAGACAAUGGCUCUUGCGUCGAAGGCAAGCCUAAAGGGAUCAAGCUGGAAUUGCGGCCCACAAGAGUUCCAAUCCACAAGACGACGGAAAUUUGCUGCAGCAAGCUGUCGUCGUUGGGCGACUACUAUAGCUAUAUUUGUUUCCGCUAUUCUCACUUGCAUAAUCUUGUUAGUGUGGGGGUGCACCCAAGUCGACGCGUCCAACAUCAUGAAAUAUGGGCUUGGGAAGGUUCAGGGCGACACAAUAAUGGACGUUGGGACGCUAAGCGCUGAGUCCGACACCCUCGUUCUCAACGUUCUGCUUGCCAACACCCCACAAGUUAUCAUGUCGAUGAUAUACUUAAGCUAUAACGCCCUCUUUACCAGUAUAUCUCUGACCACCGAAUGGGAUCGGCUCGGCGAAGAAAAGAAAGGUCUGAGGGUUUCAUUCCACUGCCGAGGUGACCAACGGCAGACGUAUUUCCUGCAACUCCCUUACCGGUACUCUAUUCCGCUCACCGUAUUUUCUGGUGGAAUGCACUGGCUUAUUUCGGAGAGCAUAUUCCUGGUCAACAUUGAGGGGCGGUAUGCUAGCGGGCCAUCCCAUUCCAUUGGAGAUAGCGCCAUGUCCUGUGGAUGGUCACCGAUUGGCGUCAUAUGCGUGAUAGUGGUAGGCACGAUCAUGGUCGGGUUUCUUCUUGCAUCGGGCUUUCGUCGUUUUCGUUACGGGGGGAUCCCGGUGGUAAGCAGUUGCAGUGUCGCAAUCUCCGCGGCCUGCCAUCCGGCAACAAGUGAGGAGCCAGAGAUGUGGACAAAGGCAUUGCGCUGGGGUGUAGUAUCUAAGCCUGGCGCUGAGUUGCCGCAUUGCUCUUUCUCAAGCAGAGAGAUCGAGGCCCCAGUUGAAGGGCAAAAAUAUCAAUAA